ACCGCGAAGAGAAGACAAUACUUCUGACUUCUCGUAUUUUUCGAGGACUUCGCACCGCCUGAUCAUCCCGACAGAACUCACGAACUGCACGAUUUUGAAGAAAAAGAAAUUUUGACGGUAAAAGUUUCAGUUGCAAGAAUUCCAGUCUCAGGAAAGUGUCCCAUUGGUAAAAUUUGUAAACAUGAAGAAAAUCAAUGAGUAUGGACUAUUUUGUUGCUGAAAUCGCUCCUUUUUACGACAGGGUUUCUCAAGGACAAGCUUUGACAAUGAAUAUUAGCGAGCUAUACGACAACUUAACGUUUGAAACCGUUCUAUUGUCAAAUGGUACUAACAACAGCUGGAGUUUGAAUGAACCAUCGAAUUAUGCAUCUGCAGCAGCUCUUUCUACUGUACUUGUCCUUCUCAUUCUGUUUACAAUCAUAGGAAACAUAUCUGUGAUAAUUGCUGUAACGCGUGAGAAGAACCUUCAAACAAAAGGAAACUGUUUAGUUUUAUCACUUGCUGUUGCAGACCUCCUAGUAGCAUGCCUGGUAAUGCCGCUGGGUGCUGUAUAUGAAGUUCAUAGAGAGUGGAAUCUAGGUCCUGAGCUCUGUGAUAUCUGGACAUCUUGUGACGUUCUUUGUUGCACCGCAUCUAUUCUGCACUUGGUAGCUAUAGCUGCGGACAGAUACUGGGCAGUUACUAAUAUUGACUAUGUUCGCCAAAGACAGUCUUGGCAUGUCGGACUUACAAUAGUAUUGGUGUGGUUAGUUGCCCUUUCAGUAUCAAUUGCACCUCUUGUGGGGUGGAAAGAUGAUAUGCAUGAGGAACGGCUACUUAGCGAAAAACGUUGUUUAAUUAGCCAAGAUCCUGGAUAUCAGCUUUUCGCAACUUGUGCAACCUUUUAUGUUCCUCUUGUGGUUAUAUUGCUGCUCUACUGGAGAAUUUUUCGAGUGGCUCAGAAACGGAUUCGCCACAAGCCCGGAUCAUGUACCGAGUCACGUUUGGUCUCAGCUACAGUUCUGGCUUCUUUAGUCACCGAGAUGACUGUUAUCUCCACUACUACUACUACUACCUCCUCUUCGCAUCCAAGCUCUGACGAUUUCUUGCUUUAUCCGACGAAAGAGCACGUACUGAGAAAGCGUCGGAAGGUCAAUCUAAGGAUCAAAAGAGAGAGAAAAGCAGCCAAAACGCUAACUGUCAUAACAGGUGUCUUUGUCAUUUGUUGGCUUCCUUUCUUUACCAUGGCGUUACUUAUGCCACUAUGUGAGGAAUGUCAACCUAGUAAUGAGCUCUUCAGUUUUGCACUUUGGCUGGGUUACGCAAAUUCAAUGCUCAACCCAGUUAUUUACACAGUUUUCAGUCCUGACUUUCGAAUGGCUUUCAAGCAAAUAUACUGGCACGCUUGUCGCUUUUAAUGUAAUGCACCCCGUGGCCUAUCCUCACUGUGAUUGAAGUACAAAUAUAUAAUUUGUUGUGUGCACAAUCACCAAGUCAUCAAAUAAACACAUUUAACUCACUGCCUCUGAAAA